AACUCAGAUCGUGGUUUCUAUAGUCGGAGAUGACGUCUGAGUCAAAGUGCGUCUCUGUUUGGGUUCUGUACGUGUCGAGUCCAUAAACGAAAGAUGUCCAUCGAUCCCUCUCCAUACACAGCGCUGGACAGGCUUUUGCUGAGAAUAAAAAUGGGCUCCGCUACAUCGAAGGAGAAGUGCUACGAUCCCAAAGACUCGUCGCUGAAAUUUGUGGAUGGAGCUGAUGAUAUGGACUUUUUGUGCGAAGGCUUUAAAUCGCGAAGAGCGCAGAUGUCCUGCGGUCACGCAGUUACGCCGACGUCUCUCACUAACUGGUGUCUGCAGCAGCUGGAAGAGGGAAAAAGCACGUUUUUAUGUGGUGCCUGUAAAGCUGUGUGGUCUUAUGAGGAGGUUUGUAAGAUGGCUCUCCUGAGCUCUGAAGAAAUGAAGAACUUUGAGAAAAUGAUGAAGAUCAACGCCGCCGUUAGCAGAAAAUGUCCCCGAUGCAAGUCGUCUGUUGCGAAACAAGAUGAACUCAAUCUUUGCGUCAGCUGCAGAGCCUGCACAGAGAAGAGAGGACGCCCGUACGAGUUCUGCUGGCAGUGUCAGAGGAAGUGGAAAGGCCCCAAGCCGCGUUCGGACCGCUGUGAGAACGACGGCUGCUGCGACACGGCGCUGCAAACUCUGAGGACCUGCCCAGAAAUCGUCUUCGACACGGUGAGGGGAAUCAGCGGGUGUCCCUCCAUCCGGGCCUGCCCCACCUGCGGGUCACUGCUGGAGCACAAGGGAAACCACUGCAAACACCUCUUCUGCUCUCGAUGCGCGGUCAAGUUCUGCUUUGUGUGUCUGAAGACGUUUGCUGAAUGUUCUAAAACAAGUAAAAUAUCAGGGCCGUGCUCCAGCGGCGUCGCUCCCAGACAGACAGAGAUCCCCGUGUGGAGAAAAACCGAAACGCUCCGGCCACAGACUCCAGCACUUCUGUUAGUGAGAGAUUAAUCAACGCCGACGUGGACAACUGUGUUUUCAGAACCUUCCCUCAGAGACGGACAGUAUUUCUGCUCCGAAAUGUCAGAAAUACUGAGCAUAAACAAUUUAAAAGAGAAAACCAAAACCUGGAAUCGUUUGUUUCAGAUCAUGAUGGAUUUGCGCUACCCUGCAAAAGUAUUAAUAGGCUACAAAUUUGUCCACUUUUGUCACUUCCACAGUCACUGCAAUGUGCUUUCAUGACGUUUUAUGUCAUAAACUAAGAAAAUUUACCCAGAAAUGUGGAGUGGAAGAAAAAUGAUAAAUGAUUUACAGUCUUUUUUAUUCAAACAAAACAGAAAUCUACAAUGUUAACAAUUUGUUUUUUUUCUCUGUAAAAGUUUGUAAAUUAUUAGAAUUUAUUUUUUGGCUUUUACACAUUAAGAAUAAACAUAAACUCUUAUGUUAGCUAGUAAAAGCUAACUUAAUUAUCAUCAUGCUUCCUGAUUCCUUAUUGUCGUUAAAUUGACAGAAAAUCUGAAACUUUGACACUUUUUUUAAACCUUAUGAAGUGUCUCCUUAAUAUUUUGACCUACAUUUCUCACACGCCUCUUUUAUCUUAAAACAAACUAAAAUUUUUUAGAUAUAUAGUAUGACGACAGAAUAAUAAAGGACUUAUUAAACUUCACUGUGGUGCUCCACUUUCUAUCAACACUACUUUGUUCUCCUAAUGGCAACUUUCCACAUUCAAAGAAUUUAUUAUAUUUUAUAUUUUUUUAAAACUUGACCAACUCAUUAAAGAAGACUUUAUAAAAGAUUUAUUUGCUUUGAAAGCAAAACUUCACUUCAUCUUCUGUACCACAUUUUCUCAAUUUGCUCCAAAAAUAAUGUAAUUUUUUUAUUACUCCAUUCAGUUGCACUAUUUUUUUUACUGGAGUGUGCUAUUUUCUAAUAAGAAUUUGAUAUUUUUCUUAAACUGUAAAUGCAUC